UUUCUCUGUCUGUUUGUUUUCAGUUGGCCAUUAAUAUGAUCAAGCUAUUUUUACUCUUUUUUAUUUUCGGAAUUUUUUCAACAUUUUCGAAGUCUAUAAAUUCAACUCAAAAGCUGCGCAUGAUAGUAUUGUACGAGUCUCUUUGUGAAGAUUCUUUAGAUUACAUGAAAAACUUUUGGCCAGUUUUUGAAAAAUUUCAUCAAUAUAUCGAUUUAAAAUUAGUUCCAUUUGGUAAAGCCAAUUUAAAAAAGAAAAUAUGUCAGCAUGGAAAGGACGAGUGUUUGGGCAAUCACAUUCAGGAUUGUGUUCUCCACGCCCAACUUACGCCCUUACAAAAAGUGGAAUUUGUCACCUGCCAAUUCUUGAAUGGGAGUGCCACUAAAAAAAAUACACAAUGCGCCAAGUUGGAAUCAACUCGGAGGUGGAUUUACGAAUGCACCAAGCCUAAUGGUGAUUGGAUAAUAUACCAAAAGGAGUCGGAAAGAAUUACCAAUUUGUACCACUUUAGCGAAGUUCCAGCCAUAGUUUACAACGAAAAAUUCGACCAAAGCCUGCAGAAUGAAGCUACGGAGAACAUAUCGCAAAGUAUUUGCACUCAGCUGAAAAGAAUGGGAAUCGAAAAAGCCUUGUAUUGCUAAACGAGAAAGAUUUCAAUUGAACUAGUAAUAUUUGCGAGAAGUUAACAACACCAUUUCAGUUUUAAAUAUAUGGAUUUACAUAAAU